AUGACAACCCAAGAUCCGUUCACCGCAGCCCUCAGCCAAAACAAAGCCUGGGCAGCCAAAGUAGCUAGAGAGCAGCCAGACCUUUUCCGCAAACUUUCCACCGGCCAGCACCCAGAGAUCCUCUGGAUAGGCUGUUCUGACUCUCGAUGUCCCGAGACGACUCUGCUAGGCCUCAAGCCAGGUGAUGUGUUUGUCCACCGAAACAUCGCCAACAUCUUGCAGCCCUCGGACCUCAGUUCCACCGCUGUUAUAGAGUUCGCUGUUCGCCAUCUGGGGGUCAAGCAUGUUGUUGUCUGCGGACACACAAAAUGUGGAGGCAUCUCUGCCGUGAUGGCAAACAAGAAGCUUGGUAUUCUUGAUUCAUGGCUUUCGCCUCUGCGGAAGCUGCGUGACGAUAAUUCGGACUGCUUGAAGUCAUUACCAACGGACGAGGCGCUCCUCAAACUAGUUGAACUGAAUGUCCUUGCCGGGGUGAAGACGGUGAAGCAGAAGAGUGUUGUGGUUGAGGCGAUGCAGAAAGGGCUGAAGGUUCAUGGACUCGUGUACGAUGUCGGGAGCGGUGUUUUGCAGGAAUUGGAUACCAGUGCUUCUGACAAGACCGUGAAGAAACGGUUGACAUUGUUUAAGAAGGACUUUUAGGGCUCGAUUUUGCUUUUGCGUAUUCCCAAUCUAUAGUUAGCAACUGAGCUUGUACUUUUC